AAAAUCCCAUCCAUUCCCAACCCCGACCAACGCCGCCGACGCCGCCGAUAGGCCGCCUCCCAUGCCCGCCGACGAGCUCGCGGCUGCUCAGCGCGAGGCGCGCCCGAGCUCUUCCACACUCUCCCAAGCCGUAGGCCUCCGCGUCUCGCCUCCGUCAUGAGCCCCUUCCCCGCUUCGGAUGCCCUUCCGACCGCGCCUCCCCCUCCGCCGCCUCCUCCUGCCUCACCUCCGGCGCCGCCCUCCCCUAUCACCCGCGCGUCCGCUCAGACUUCUAUCGUACUCCCCCGCCGCCGCUGCAGCAGCCGCUAUGACGGAGUCCGAGGAGGACGCGGUUGGCUGUAGGGACGCGCCGCUAGCCCCUCCCCGCGUCGGCGGGGCGGGAGGAGGAGCGCCUGGGUGUGGCUGGGAACGGGAGGGACCUUUGGGGGAGGAUAAGGCGGAUCUCGACAGGAAGGCCGCGAUCGCCGCGCGGUUCGGGCUCUGCCAUGAGCUGCUGCGGCAGAGGAGAUGGCGGGAGAUGCGCGGCAGCUUGGUGCAUAUGGUGAGCGAUCAAGGAUUAGGGUCUGCACCGGCUCUUUGUGACAUCUUGUGGAACGGAUUUGGAGAGUGCAAUUUGAGCGGUAUUGUGUGGGAUGCUCUAGCAACUAGUUAUGCUAGAGCACAGAUGAUUCACGAUGCUCUUUAUGUUCUUAGUAAAAUGAACAGCCUAAACAUGCAAAUCUCAGUAUCCACCUACAACAGUUUAUUGUACAGUCUAAGGAAGACAGACGUGGCACUGGAGCUUUUUGAAGGAAUGGAGUCAUGUGGUGUCUCCCCCAGCGAUUAUUCCCAUAGCAUUCUCAUAGAUGGCCUCUGCAAGCAAGAUAAAAUUGGAGAGGCUUUGUCUUUCCUUCAGGCGGCAAGGGAAGGGGGGGAGUUUAAACCCUUGGUGAUGACAUUUAACAUUCUUAUGUCUGCAUUGUGUAGUUGGGGGUUUAUUCAGGCUGCAAAAUCAUUUUUCUGCCUCAUGUUGAAGUAUGGAUUAAAUCCGAACAGGUAUACGUAUUCAACCCUUAUACACGGUCUAUGUAAAGUAGGUUCUCUGGUUGAAGCAUUAGAUAUUUUUGAGAGAGUGAAAAAAGAAGGAAUGGAACUUGAUAUAGUCACCUACAACAGCCUUAUUAAUGGCUAUCGCUUGCUCGGUUUAACAAAAGAAAUCCCAAAAAUAGUUGAGAUGAUGAGGUACCAAGGUAUUGAACCCGAUCUUGUUACUUAUACUAUACUUAUUACUGGCCUUUGUGAAGGUGGUGAUGUUGAAAUAGGGAUGAAGAUAAGAAAAGACAUCUUAGACCAAGGGUUGCAGUUGAAUAUUGUCACAUAUAGCGCCCUUCUCAAUGCUCUCUUCAAAAAAGGUCUAUUCUAUGAGGUAGAAAACCUACUUGGUGAGAUAUGCAGUAUUGGUCUGGAUAUGGAUGUCAUUGCAUAUUCCACCCUCAUCCAUGGGUACUGCAAGCUUGGAGAAAUUGGAAGAGCUCUUCAAGUAUGCAAUGUGAUGUGCCAUUCUCAGAGGAUAAUGCCAACUUCACUAAACCAUUUAUCUAUUCUUCUAGGCCUUUGUAAGAGAGGGCUGCUUGUUGAAGCGAGGUGGUAUCUGGAAAAUGUAGCUAGCAAAUACCAGCCAACCGAUGUAGUGCUCUAUAAUGUUGUUAUUGAUGGUUAUGCAAAAACGGGUGAUAUUGGUAAUGCUGUUCGGCUGUAUGAUCAGAUUGUUGUAGCUGGUAUGUGCCCAACCAUUGUCACAUGCAAUUCUCUUCUAUAUGGCUAUUGCAAAAUUGGGGAUCUGCAUAUGGCAGAGAGUUAUUUUAGGGCUAUUCAGUUAAGUGAUCUGCUGCCAACUGCAGUUACGUACACUACCUUGAUGGAUGCACUCUCUGAAGCUGGGAAAGUUCAUGCCAUGCUAAGUCUUUUUGAUGAAAUGGUUGUAAAGGGGAUCAAACCAAAUGCAAUAACUUACAGUGUAGUUAUUAAAGGACUUUGUAAACAGCUCAGAUUCCAUGAUGCUAUGAGUGUUCUUAAUGAUAUGCGUAGAGGUGUUGUUAAUCCUGAUCCAAUAACUUAUAACACGCUUAUACAAGGUUUUUGUGAAGCACAGAACAUCCAGAUGGCUUUCCACAUAUAUUAUUGUAUGGUACAUGACAGUAUGGUAUACUGCGAUCUGAUGCCCACACCUGUUACUUAUAACUUGCUUAUUAAUGUGCUGUGCUCAAAGGGACAAGUUAUUCACGCAGAAAGGCUUUUGGAAUCCCUCAGAGAAAAGGGCACUGACCUGAGAAAAUUUGCAUACACAACACUUAUCAAUGCUCAGUGUGCAAAAGGGAUGCCUAACAAGGCCAUUGUGUGGGUUGGUAGGCUUUUAGAUGCAGGGUUUGAGGUGUCUAUUGAAGACUUCAGUGCUGCAAUCAACCGACUAUGCAAAAGUCAAUUCACCAAAGAAGCCCUCAUGCUCGUACCGAUUAUGCUAUCUGUUGGUGUUUAUCCAGAUAUUCAGCUAUACCGUGUGUUGGGUGCAGCUCUACGGAAAAGAAAUGAGUAUUUCUAUCUACCCAUAUUGCAAGCACUUGCUAUUAAAACUGGUAUUUAGUACCUUGAGCGUGUGUUCAGUUGCAAUAUCUGCUAUGUUUGGAUAGAUGGGGAUUUAGGACAAAGAUGGCCACAGGCAACGUCAGGAUCAGUAUUGCUGUGCCGAAUAGUAAGGGGAGAUGUGCAAUCCUGAGACCAUAUUUACAGUGCAAUGGUGAUGCAGAGGUGGCGAGGACACUAAUGUGCUUAUUUCUAGGUAGGUAGACGGCAUUAAGAUGAGUCACCAUGGACCGCCCUUGGCGCAUCGGUGGCUGCAGUGAGCAAUGAAGAAAGGGAACAUGACUGUAGGAGGUAACAGAGAGUCUGAGGUAAACAGUGCAUCGUCACCAUAAGCUGACUGGAGGAUGCGAAAUGUGUUUCAAACUUUCAAACAUGCCAGGUGCCAACAAGAUGCCAAACCAGUUGAUUUUUGUCGUCACAAUUCUUUGGUCACUCAGUGCUCACUGUGCGGGCAUCCUCACUGAAAACCAAGUUGAUCCGAGGGAAUCCAUGAAGCAUGAAAAUCACAUACUUGUCGGAUGCAAGAGGACAAGGCCAAAGGCUAGCUCUCCCACCGAAGGGCAUAUGGGCAGGGUGGCCCCGGGAUCUCACGUUUAAGUCCCAAAGCCUAAACUGCAGGGCUGGUCAGGAAAGAAACCAGUGACAGUUGUUUUGCUUAUCCAUCGGUCAAAUUUCCAAGAUGCCUGUAGUGCCCAGCAAGGAUUGGGAAGCUAGAGAUAUCCAAAGGGCACGGACAUGGAUUGGCGCCAAAAUGUGGAGCUGAAGCCCAGCGAGGUUAAGGGCCAGGUACUAGGGGACAGGCUUCCAAAGUUAAUUUGAUAAUUUGUCGGGGCACAUUUGACCAUGGUUAAAAAAAAAAGACUUGCAAUAUAUCAGGUGCCUGAAAACAAAUUAAAUCUCAGUUGACGAUCUCAACUGUCGGAUCAACAUUAGAAUCAUCUCUUCUUCCUCCCAACGGAAUCAUUGCCUUCUUCUCCUGACACUGGCU